AUGGGGUCGCAAAGAGAAGCUCUACAAAGGAUCAUUUCAACUCUGGCAAAUAAAAAUGAUGAAAUUCAGAACUUUAUUGAUACACUAAACCAAACACUAAAAGGAGUUCAGGAAAAUUCUUCUAACAUACUUUCAGAAUUAGAUGAAGAAUUUGACAGUUUAUACUCCAUAUUGGAUGAGGUAAAGGAAAGUAUGAUUAACAGUAUCAAGCAGGAGCAAGCACGUAAAUCACAAGAGUUACAGAGUCAACUUAGUCAAUGUAAUAAUGCCUUGGAGAACUCAGAAGAACUACUAGAAUUUGCAACAAGAUCAUUAGAUAUAAAGGAACCUGAAGAAUUUUCAAAGGCUGCCAGACAGAUCAAGGAUAGAGUAACAAUGGCUUCAGCCUUUCGCCUUUCUUUGAAACCAAAGGUCAGUGACAACAUGACUCAUUUAAUGGUGGAUUUUUCUCAGGAAAGACAGAUAUUGCAAACUUUGAAGUUUUUGCCAGUCCCCAAAGCUCCAGAGAUAGAUCCAGUAGAAUGUUUGGUGGCUGACAACUCUGUGACAGUAGCUUGGAGAAUGCCAGAAGAAGAUAAUAAGAUUGAUCAUUUUAUACUAGAAUAUCGGAAAACGAAUUUUGAUGGACUUCCACGUGUAAAGGAUGAGCGAUGUUGGGAGAUAGUUGAUAAUAUUAAGGGUACUGAAUAUACACUAUCAGGUUUAAAGUUUGAUUCAAAGUACAUGAAUUUCAGAGUGCGAGCUUGUAACAAGGCUGUGGCUGGAGAGUAUUCUGAUCCAGUGACUCUAGAGACCAAAGCACUUAAUUUCAAUUUGGAUAACUCAUCGUCCCAUUUGAACCUGAGAGUUGAAGAUACCUGUGUAGAGUGGGAUCCUACUGGAGGAAAAGGUCAAGACAGUAAAAUUAAAGGAAAAGAGAACAAGGGCAGUGUCCAUGUUACUUCACUGAAGAAACAUUCAAGAAGUGGUACCCCAUCCCCUAAACGGACAUCUGUAGGCUCCAGGCCACCAGCAGUAAGAGGCAGCAGAGAUCGUUUUACGGGGGAAUCGUACACAGUGUUGGGAGACACAGCUAUUGAAAGUGGACAACAUUAUUGGGAGGUCAAGGCCCAGAAGGAUUGUAAAUCCUACAGUGUGGGAGUAGCGUACAAGACUUUGGGGAAAUUUGACCAAUUGGGAAAGACAAACACUAGUUGGUGUAUCCAUGUGAACAACUGGCUACAGAACACAUUUGCAGCAAAGCAUAAUAAUAAAGUCAAAGCCUUGGAUGUUGCUGUUCCUGAAAGAAUAGGUGUAUUUUGUGAUUUUGAUGGGGGUCAGCUUUCUUUCUAUGAUGCAAACUCAAAACAGUUGUUGUAUUCCUUCAAGGCAAAAUUUACUCAGCCAGUACUACCUGGUUUCAUGGUUUGGUGUGGUGGACUUUCUUUGAGUACUGGGAUGCAGGUUCCAAGUGCUGUGAGGACUCUUCAGAAAAGUGAAAAUGGAAUGACUGGCUCCACUAGCAGCUUAAACAAUAUUACUCAAUUUUAA